AUGUCGAUGAAUUGGUUCACGUGUUUGACAUGUCGUGUGAAUCUAUUGACCGGCGAUGACCAGCGGAUCCACUAUAAGAGUGAAUGGCAUUCAUAUAAUCUGAAGCGACGUUUGGCUCAAAUACCUGUCGUCACUCUUCAGCAGUUCUCUCGCAUCGAAGAACUCCAUCGAAGUCCAGACAAUGACACCAAUGCUCUCCAGAAGACCCGACUCCGCAAUAAGUCAUCGUUUUAUUGUAAUUCUUGUGGCAAACAAUUCAAUAACGAAAAGGCUUUCGCACAACACAUGAGUAGUAAAAAACACUUGAUUUCUGUGGCCAACAAGAAAGUGGAUCCAAAUGCCAUCGUUUCCGACCAAAUAACAGAACCCGAGACUAGAGAAGUAGUGGUUAACAGUAUCGAUGAGUUAGCCAUUGAGGAUGAUAUUGUGGACGACGACGAAGACUCCGAUUGGGAAAGUGUUGGCAGCGAUGAAGACGUGACAGGAGGAGAUCCUAUUCUUCCCAAUGAGUGUCUCUUCUGCGAGCACUCGAGUGACACAAUUGAGGACAAUGUCUGCCAUAUGUCACAAAAGCACUCGUUUUUUAUACCAGACGUGGAAUACGUGAAGGAUUUGCCGGAAUUUAUCGGUUAUUUGGGCGAAAAAGUAGGUUUCGGUCACUUCUGUCUUUGGUGUUGCGAUUCUGGCAAACGGUUUCGCACGCGAAGAGCAGCGCAACAGCACAUGACAGACAGGGGACACACGAAACUCAAUCAUUCCGACGACCAUUUGCCCGAAUAUUCAUCGUUUUAUGAUUACACCACCAGUUAUCCAGACUUUGAGGCCAAUCAACCCAACGAUGACGAAGAGAUUUCAGUACCACAUCUGGAAGACCAGGACUGGCAGUUGACGCUACCGUCGGGUGCUAUUAUCGGUCAUCGAUCGCUCUUUCGUUAUUACAAACAAAAUCUAAAACCUUUGACUGAGAAUACGGGCAAACCUCAGACCAAAUCGUCGGCAAUCUUAGAGAAAGUGAUGUCGAAAUACAGAGCUCUCGGAUGGACUGGUAUUACAGGAGAGGCAGCGCUUCAAAGGGCGAAAGAUAUCAAGUUUAUACAUCGGAUCCAACGAAAACAUGAGUUAAAAUUAGGACAAAACAACAAUAAGAACCUUCAGAAACAUUUCAGAAAUCAAAUCGGAUUUUCAACUUAA